ACGUUCUCAAAUUGCCAAACGUGGAUGAGAAUUUGGUGCGAUUUUUUUUAAAGGAUGGACUUUUAUCACAGUUUGAGUUUUUCUCCACACUUGUCAUGACUGAAGAGGAAAAAGAAAAAGUAUAUUACGAUCUAGCUCUCUCAGAUAUGGAGGGGCAUGAAGACGAGAGGUUGUGUGGGAAAUGGAGGGUCGCCUGCGGUUUGUACAACUACAACCUGAGGGACGUGUUCACAUGGCGCCUGCUGAAAACCCUCCUGAUGGGGCAGGUUUGCUCUCUGCUGAUCUGUGGGACUGCGGUCAGCUGUCAGUACCUCGCUGACGCUAAGGUGGAGACUCCGAUGCUGCAAAGCUUCCUGAACUACGCCAUGUUGCUGUUGGUCUACACCACCAUCCUCUGCACCAGAAAAGGAGACAGGAACAUCCUCCACAUCUUAAAGACCAAGUGGUGGAAGUAUUUUCUGAUGGGAGUAGCAGAUGUGGAGGCAAACUACACCGUGGUGAAGGCGUACCAGUACACCACUCUGACCAGUAUACAGCUGCUGGACUGCUUCGUGAUCCCGGUGCUGAUGGUCCUCUCCUGGUUCUUCCUGAAGACCCGCUUCAGACCGGUCCACUUUGUGUCCGUGGGGGUGUGUUUGCUGGGGGUAGGGGCGAUGGUGGGGGCCGACAUCCUGGCAGGGCGCGACCAGGGGUCCACCAGCAGUGUGGUUCUGGGUGAUGGUCUGGUUCUCCUCAGUGCCGUUCUGUACGCCAUUUCUAACGUCUGUCAGGAACAAACGGUGAAGAACCUGAGCCGGAUCGAGUUCCUCGGCAUGAUGGGACUCUUCGGGACCCUCAUCAGCGGAGUGCAGCUAGCUGUUCUGGAAACUCACGCAGUCGCAGCGAUAACAUGGGAUUUUCACACGUCCCUGUGGUUUGCAGUGUAUGCUCUGUGUAUGUACUCUCUGUAUAGCUUCAUGCCGGUGGUGGUGAAGAUGACGAGUGCCACGGCGGUGAAUCUGUCUCUGCUCACCGCCGACCUGUUCAGCCUCUUCUGCGGACUCUUCCUCUUCCACUACAGCUUCUCCACGCUCUACAUCAUCUCCUUCGUGGUCAUCAUGGUGGGCUUCGUCAUGUUUAACGCCGUCCCAACGUACACAGCUCUGCCGGGGUCCGGGUCCAACGAGGAGGAGAACCCCCCCGAGGAGGAGGAGAGCUCCUCAAAUCGGCUGCUCUCUGCAGGACCAGAGGCUCAGAGAGAGCCAGAGAGAAGAGACACUAAGAGGGGCGAGACCCAGAGACCCUCAGAGACCCCCACCCUGGAGACGCUCUGUGAGUGAGGGAGGAAGAGGAGGUGAAACCUGAGAGACUGCAUUAGGUGUGUUCAUACAGCAGGUUUCUGUGAAGAGGACUGCCUGCUCUCACCCUGUUACAAAGGGACUCAAAAUACAGAAAAUUCACUCUAUUUUACCCAGAGACCCUCAGAGACCCCCACCCUGCAGACGCUCUGUGAGUGAGUGAGGGAGGAGGAGGAAGAGGUGGUAGUACCAGAGAGACUGCAGCAGGUUGUGUUCAUCCAGCUGCUCCCACCCUGUUACUAAGGGACUCCAAAGACAGAAAAGUCCUUUUUUUUCAGUAUUUUUGCUUCUAUCGCUGCAUUAUUUUCAUUCCUAACUCCGGGUUUCCUCCCGUCAGACAGACAGUUAAUUUGUGCAUUUUGAAUAUUACAGAAAACGACAUCUCAACGGUUGCGUCGACACGUUCAUUAUCCCUCAUUUUAAACUUUUAAAUAGACAUUUAGUAACCUGUACUAAGAGACAUGCAUUAUGACAUCUGAGCGCUUGUGGACCGUCACACAGAACGUUCACUCUUGUAUUUUUAUAUUCGAGGAAUAUUGUUUUGGACAAUUUGCAUCGAGACAUUUCCCAUCCCUAAUUUAGAUUUCAUUAUGCUUGUUUCAUUUCUUUUUUUUUUAGAUAUGUCAACAUUUUGCAUCGACAUAUUUUUUGUGUUUUUAGUUGUUGAUAUUUAUUUUUUAACAUUCCCCAGAAGUGCAUGUUUUCCCCUUCAUACAGAAAGUUUGAUUUAUUUUCCUUGCCUUUUUUAAUUUGACGUAAAAUGCUUUUCGGCAUCUUAACGGUGGCACAUUUGUUAUUCUUUAAUUUCAUACAUAUUUUAGAUACUUCUUUACCAACAUUGAUCCAAAGUCCAUGUCUUCUUCUCUCUGACACAAAGUCCACUGGUUUUUGUUAUUAUGCAUUUUUCAUAUCUAAGGAAAACGAAAAUGAUGUUACAGGAUGUGGACGUGUCAAACACUGCACUUCUAUUUAUUGUGCCAAAACUGAUGUGUUACUUCCUUUCUCCUUUUUUAAAUUAAUAUAUUUGGUAUUUUACAAAAUGCAUCAUCUGUUUUAACUCUGUCUUUGUUUUGAAUGUGAUCACUAAGCUGGAUUUGAAUGUUGUCUACACUGCAGUUACAACUGUAAUAUAUAUGCUGUCAAUCACAGGGCUCUAUGAAAAGCACAGAGAACUUUUUUAAUAUUAAAUGACAUUUUUAUAUUC